CCUGACGCCAGCGCGACCAGAUCAAUCCAGGCUCCGGGAGCAAGCAGGCGGGAGGAGGAAGGAGAAGCCGAGCGCCUUAGCCCGGGCAGAGGAACGGGGAGGCACCCUGCGAGCGGAGCGCGGCGCAGCGCCCGGCCGGCCGGACCCGGGCGGCGGGACCCCGCUCGCCCGGCCAUUCGUGCGCCCGCACGGACGGGCGCGCCGCCAACCCGGUGGUGACUUUGGGUUGCUUUGUGAAACGCUGGGAAUGGUAAUUUCUACUUUUCAGGACCUCAGAACAAGCUAAAAAGUAUCUUAUGCAAAUAAAGUGAAGCGUAGUCUUCUAUCUGUUUGCAUUUGGAGAUCCCUUUGUUUCACAUCCCUGAGGCGUGUAUAACAAGUGCCGUCAUUAUGAACGUGACAAGUUUAUUUUCCUUCACAAGUCCAGCUGUGAAGAGACUUCUUGGGUGGAAACAGGGUGAUGAAGAAGAAAAAUGGGCAGAGAAAGCUGUUGAUGCUUUGGUGAAAAAACUGAAGAAAAAGAAAGGUGCCAUGGAGGAACUGGAAAAGGCCUUGAGCUGCCCGGGGCAACCAAGUAACUGUGUCACCAUUCCCCGCUCUCUGGAUGGCAGGCUCCAAGUGUCCCACCGGAAGGGACUGCCCCAUGUCAUUUACUGCCGCGUGUGGCGCUGGCCCGACCUCCAGAGCCACCAUGAACUGAAGCCACUCGAAUGCUGUGAGUUUCCUUUUGGGUCCAAGCAGAAGGAGGUCUGCAUCAACCCGUACCACUAUAAGAGAGUCGAAAGCCCUGUUCUUCCUCCAGUGCUGGUUCCACGCCAUAGCGAGUAUAACCCUCAGCACAGCCUCUUAGCUCAGUUCCGUAACUUAGGACAAAACGAGCCUCACAUGCCACUCAAUGCCACUUUUCCGGAUUCUUUCCAGCAGCCCAACAGCCAUCCGUUUCCUCAUUCACCCAACAGCAGUUACCCAAACUCUCCUGGAAGCAGCAGUAGCACCUACCCCCACUCUCCCACCAGCUCAGACCCAGGAAGCCCUUUUCAGAUGCCAGAUACACCCCCGCCUGCUUACUUGCCUCCUGAAGACCCCAUGACCCAGGAUGGCUCACAGCCCAUGGACACGAAUAUGAUGGCGCCUUCACUGCCCUCAGAAAUCAACAGAGGAGAUGUUCAGGCAGUUGCUUAUGAGGAACCAAAACACUGGUGCUCUAUUGUCUACUAUGAGCUCAACAAUCGUGUGGGUGAAGCGUUCCAUGCCUCCUCCACAAGUGUGUUGGUGGAUGGUUUCACUGAUCCUUCCAACAACAAGAACCGUUUCUGCCUUGGGCUGCUAUCCAACGUUAACCGGAAUUCCACUAUUGAAAACACGAGGCGGCAUAUUGGAAAAGGCGUUCAUCUUUAUUAUGUUGGCGGGGAGGUAUAUGCCGAAUGCCUCAGUGAUAGUAGCAUCUUUGUGCAAAGUCGGAACUGCAACUACCAUCAUGGAUUUCAUCCCACCACGGUUUGCAAGAUCCCUAGUGGAUGUAGUUUGAAAAUUUUCAACAACCAAGAAUUCGCUCAGUUACUGGCACAGUCCGUAAACCAUGGUUUUGAGACCGUCUACGAGCUCACAAAAAUGUGUACGAUCCGCAUGAGCUUUGUGAAGGGCUGGGGAGCAGAAUACCACCGCCAGGAUGUAACUAGCACCCCCUGCUGGAUUGAGAUACAUCUGCACGGCCCCCUACAGUGGCUGGAUAAAGUUCUUACUCAAAUGGGUUCGCCUCAUAAUCCCAUUUCAUCUGUGUCUUAAAUGGUCUCAGGCUUCUGCCUCUUGGAAGCUAUUGAGCCUUGCAUGUACUUGAAGGAUGGAUGAGUCAGACAGAAUUAAGAACUGAAAAAGGAGCCUUGAUAAUACUUGACCUCGUGACCAACUGUUGGAUUCCGAAAUCUAAAAAAAUUUAAAAAAAAGAAAGAAACCUUGGUAACAUACCGUUGAUAUCAAGAACCUGUUUAGUUUACAUUGUAACAUUCUAUUGUAAAAUCAACUAAAAUGCAGACUUUUAGCAAGACUUUGUGUAUAGCUAAAGGAGACAUGGCCAAGCCAGAGACAAAUUAUCUAUUGGAAAAAAUGAUCCUAAAAGAUUCUUUUGUGUUUGGCACUUUAAGGUCAUCAUGUGGCAGAAGCUUAGCAUUAACGGUUAGUCUUUCUGAAGUGUGUUUUUAUCAGGUUUAGAGCCCAUGCUGCGUCUCCUUUUCAUGGGUUUUCAUAAUAUUUUAAAACUAUUUGUUUAGUAAUGGUUUUUGAUUUUUUUUUUUAAGUAAAGGUUUAAUCUUGAUGAUAUACACAGUAAUCUUUCUAAAAUUGUAUGCUGACCAUCUGCUGUCAGAAUAAUAUUAGCCGUAUGCUCUUUGCUAAAUAUGUAUGUACAGAAUAUUUGAAAGUUAAGAAUCAAUUAGACUAGAAGAUCUGGGCGUAUUGGAGGGGGCGGGGGGAGAGGGAAAUGACAACUGCAAAUGUAGAAUAUACUGCAAAAUUCCAGUUUGUUGCUUUAAGGAAAAACUGACAUCUGAAUUUUGCUGUGUUUCAAUUUUUUAGAGUUUUUAUCCUACUUUUUUUUUUUCCCCCCCUGCAUUCUUCUGUCUCAUACCCUCCAGAAAGCAGUUAUGCAGCUGGUUAAUUCAUAUAACUGUGAGAGCAAAUGAAUACUUCCUGCUAUCCUGAAAUUGACUGCCUGUGUGUUUCAAUACCAAUUGUAUGGAGUGCUUAAAUUUAAUAAGCAGUUUUAUGGCGUUUACAUUACAGAAAUAGGCUUUAAUUUUCAAGUGAAUUAUUUGCCAAACCUAGUAACUCUGUUAAAUAUUUGGAGGAUUUAAAGAACAUCCCUGUUUAAAUCCAUUUCAAACUUUUAAAAUUUUUUUGUACUAUGUUUGGUUUUAUUUUUCUUCUGCUAAUCUUUUAUAUUCACUUAAACGCUCUAGUACAUUGAGUACUUUUAUUCCAAAACUAGUGGGUUUUCUCUACUGGAAAUUUGAAAUAAACCUGUCAUUAUUGCUUACUUUGAUUAAAAAUCUGUUGUUUCUUUGCUUCAUAUACCAGAUUUUAGGGUCAGUAAGAUUUGCUCCUCUUUUGAGAGUGUUUUGGUCAAUAUUCUUUGCCAAGCACGUAACAGACUAAAUUACUAAUACAGAGACAGGGAGACAGAAUCAUGUACAGAGCAGAGUCACUUUACAUCAGAAAAGAAAGGACAUGUAAAACUUCAAAAAUUAAAAAACUAGCAAAAUCUGGAAUUCCAGAUCGAAAUAUAGGGUCGCUAUGAGUUUUAUGAGUAUGAUCAGCUACAAAGUCUCUUGGAAU